AGUGUGCGCCGGAUGUUGGCUGCUUCAGCGUGCACAAGAAAAUUCACGUGUGAUUUUUUUUCUCGCAACGGAUACACACAAAAACAGGAUUUAAACAGUAUUUUUUAUCAUUGUAGUUGUAAAUCUGAGCCAUGGGUAGAAAACUUGAUCCAACAAAUAAAGUGAAGAGAGGCCCAGGAAAGAAGGCCAAGAAACAACGAGGAGCAGAAACAGAACUAGCCAAGUUCUUAACUGAAGAUGACAAUGAACCAAAACGACUCUCAAGUAGAGGCAGGAAAAGAGCUGCAAAAAGAAGUCAAAGCAAAAAGCCAGAACAGAACCAGAAGCCAGCAAAAGGAUUUACUGAUGAAAAUAAUAAAUGGCUGAAACCGGCAAAAAGAAAGCGGAAAACUGAAGAACCAGAAAACGAGGAUGACAGCGAUGAACACUGGGAAUCGGACGCAGACGAGGAAGAGGAGGAAAUGGAGAUGCUGCAGAUGAAGGGCAAGAAGAAGAGUGUAGCGACCAAACAGGAGGAGGAAGAUGAGGAAGAAGAGGAGGAUGACGACGACGAUGAUGAUGAAGAAGAAAUGGUGGAUGACUACGGUACACAGGAGGAUGGAGGUGAAGAGGAGGAUGAAAGUGAUGGUGAAGAGCUUCUUCCUAUUGAGCGAGCCGCUAAAAAGGACAAAAAGUUAAAACAGUCUGUGAGCCCUGAAAGUGGUGACGAUGAUGAGGAUGAAGAUGAUGAUGAUGAUGAUGAUGAUGAGGAGGAGGAAAAGGACGACUCUGACGCAGAGGAGGAGGAGGAGGACACAGUUCAAGCAAACAUCGAUGAAGUUGACUCAGACACGUUUAGGCUUCCCAAAGCUGAAGAGACUGAGAAAGAAGGUGUCAUGCCUUUAGACCUGAAGCAAAUCUAUCAGAGAAUAAAAGACAACAUUGAGGUUUUGUGUAACUUCUCAACAAAAAGAGAGGAAGGCAAAGAUCGGUCAGAUUACAUCUCUCUUCUAAAGAAGGAUCUCUGCAUGUACUACAGCUACAACAGCUUCCUAAUUGAAAAGUUAAUCGACCUGUUUCCUCUAUCAGAGUUGGUUGAAUUUCUUGAAGCUAAUGAAAUUCAUAGACCUGUCACAAUUCGAACAAAUACAUUGAAAACCAGACGACGAGACCUGGCGCAGGCUUUAAUCAACAGAGGAGUAAACCUUGACCCUUUGGGCAAAUGGUCCAAAGUUGGGUUGAUUAUCUAUGAUUCCUCAGUUCCUGUUGGUGCCACCCCGGAGUAUCUGGCUGGUCAGUACAUGCUGCAGGGAGCGUCCAGUUUACUGCCGGUCAUGGCUCUUUCUCCUCAGGAAGGAGAAUAUGUGCUGGACAUGAGCUCUGCCCCAGGAGGCAAAACCACCUACAUCGCACAACUCAUGAGAAACACUGGGAUUAUCGUGGCCAAUGACGUAAACGCUGAUCGGCUGAAGAGUGUAGUAGGAAACAUUCACCGUUUGGGCGUCACAAACACUGUCGUCUGCAACUACGAUGGCAGGCAGUUUCCAAAGGUCAUGGGAGGGUUUGACAGAGUCCUGCUCGAUGCACCAUGCUCUGGCACAGGGGUCAUUGCUAAGGAUCCAGCUGUGAAGACCAGCAAGGAUGAGGCAGACAUCCUGCGCUCUGCUCAUUUACAGAAGGAGCUUCUUCUGUCGGCCAUCGACUCGGUCAAUGCAGAGUCUGCUACGGGCGGAUACUUGAUCUACUGCACAUGCUCAAUAAUGGUUGAAGAAAAUGAAUGGGUGGUGGAUUACGCUUUGAAAAAAAGAAAUGUAAAAUUGGUUCCUACUGGUCUUGACUUUGGCAGUGAAGGCUUCACCAGGUUCAAAGAGCGCAGGUUCCAUCCAACACUGCGCCUCACUCGGAGAUUUUAUCCUCACACUCACAACAUGGAUGGAUUCUUUGUAGCUAAAUUUAAGAAAUUCUCCAAUGUUAUUCCUAUUGUGCCUCCAAAUAAAGAAGAGGAGAAACUGGAAGCAGACAAUGCAACAGCAGCGACGUCUUCAGAGGAAAAAUCUUCAGAUCAAAUCAAAGUAAAAACUGUCCCUGCUAAAGGAGCAACUUCACAGUCCCAAACGAACGGAAAGUCUACGAAGAAACCAAACGGCAAAAAAGACUUGCAAACUGGAGCAAAGAAGGCAAAGAUUCAAAAAACUGAUGAAAAAACUGUACCAAAGGCGAAAAAGCCUGAAGCAACAACACAAGAAAGUAAUGCGUCAAAGCCUGAAAAGAAAGAAGGCAAAAAGUUUGAGAAAAAACUGGGAAAAAUGAAAAAAACUCCCAUGAAGGCCAAGAAGAGGAUGGGAAGGAACAAAUUUAAGAUGUUGAAACAUAUGUUGCAGAAAGCUGAGAAGCAGUAGUGUACAUUAAGCUGUUUAAAUGUACUUGAAAUAUGAAAUAAUAAUGAAAUAUGUACUGGUCUUAUUGCGUUUUGCUUCGAGUAAUGGUAAUACUCGAUUUAAUUUGUAAUAUGAAUAUUAAUCAUUGACAUUUUCUACUGUUCAGGUUUAAUAGCAAAACUUAAAAUGGAAAUAUGGUAGAUCCUGUGUGUUUUUGUAUAUGAUACAAAAGACAAUUAAAAUAUUUUCAACAUUUGAGAUGACCAGUUUUGUUUGCAGAAGUCUGUAGAAGUUAAAAAGAACAAAUCUGUGUUUCUUAUUACAUGUACACCGAGAUGCUGUACAGAAAAUAGAAUAAAGACAAUUAUUAAUUC